UCCUGGAGCACGUAGAAUUCGAGGGACAGACGCAGGAUCCUGGGAGUCUGGGCGGACGAGUUCAGGGUCAGGCGGCGAGACCCGGGUGCUGAGCGAGGUGGCUGGACGAGCCGAGUCGGAGAGACCCGAGGCCACGAGUGAGCGACUCCGGAGCCCCGAGCCUGCAGUCUCAGCUGAGACCCGGCAGCAUGCAGCCAGCCCAGGCGCGCCCUAAGGACCGAGAGCCUACUUUCAACCUUCUUGCUGGAGCCAGGCCUGCACGCCUGCCGGAACCCACCACCACUAUGCCAAUUGUUCCCUGAAAUGAACGUUCCUGGCGCGCCCUCUCGUGGACUGUUGAGGUAACCAUCUAGCUGGAGGAAGUCAUGGCAACCACGCAUGCGCAGGGCCAGCAGCCGGUCUUGGGGAAUGAUACUCUCCGGGAACAUUACGAUUACGUGGGGAAGCUGGCAGGCAGGCUGCGGGACCCCCCUGAGGGAGGCACCCUCAUCACCACCAUCCUCUUCUUGGUCACCUGUAGCUUCAUCGUCUUGGAGAACCUGAUGGUUUUGAUUGCCAUCUGGAAAAACAAUAAAUUUCACAACCGCAUGUACUUUUUCAUCGGCAACCUGGCUCUCUGCGACCUGCUGGCCGGGAUAGCCUACAAGGUCAACAUCCUGAUGUCCGGCCGGAAAACGUUCAGCCUGUCCCCGACGGUGUGGUUCCUCAGGGAGGGCAGUAUGUUCGUAGCCCUGGGCGCGUCCACCUGUAGCUUAUUGGCCAUCGCCAUCGAGCGGCACCUGACCAUGAUCAAGAUGAGGCCGUAUGAUGCCAACAAGAAGCACCGCGUGUUCCUUCUGAUUGGGAUGUGCUGGCUCAUCGCCUUCUCGCUGGGCGCCCUGCCCAUCCUGGGCUGGAACUGCCUGGAGAACUUUCCUGACUGCUCUACCAUCUUGCCCCUCUACUCCAAGAAGUACAUUGCCUUCCUCAUCAGCAUCUUCACAGCCAUUCUGGUGACCAUCGUCAUUCUGUACGCUCGAAUCUACUUCCUGGUCAAGUCCAGCAGCCGCCGCGUGGCCAGCCACAACUCUGAGAGGUCCAUGGCCUUGCUUCGGACCGUGGUGAUUGUGGUGGGCGUGUUCAUCGCCUGCUGGUCCCCCCUCUUCAUCCUCUUUCUUAUCGACGUGGCCUGCAGGGUGAAGGAGUGCUCCAUCCUGUUCAAGAGUCAGUGGUUCAUCAUGCUGGCCGUCCUCAACUCGGCCAUGAACCCUGUCAUCUACACGCUGGCCAGCAAAGAGAUGCGGCGGGCCUUCUUUCGGCUGGUGUGCGGCUGUCUGGUCAAGGGCAAGGGGACUCAGGCCUCGCCCAUGCAGCCUGCCCUGGACCCCAGCAGAAGUAAAUCGAGCUCCAGUAACAGCCACUCUCCAAAGGUCAAGGGAGACCUGCCCCACGGGGCCACCUCGUCCUGCAGCGUUGACAAAAACAGAUCGCUUCACAAUGGGGCGCCCUGCAAGUGAUUGUCUCCACAGGGCAGGCUCUGCACCUAUUUAUUGCAUGCAUUACUCCCACGUGGGGCCUUGGAGACCUUGACUUUGGAGGUCCGCUUGACGUGGCCAGACAGUGUGGGCGUCUCCUGGGGAGGGCACCCAGGGAAUCACCAACACGUUUCAGCCCAGGCUUGGACAUGCCUUAUCGGUUGCAUGCUCCAUCCUUCCGAAUGUACAGAGCUGCUGACAUCAUCCGCUGCCUUCCGCUGCCACUUCCGGUCCAGGAGGAGGGCAGGCCGUGCCGGCGUGUCUUGGGAUGGUGUCUCGUUAUUUUCACACUACAUUUAUUCUUUCAUAGAAUGGGUGCUCGUGUAUGUGUUUGUCUGUUGCUGUGUUGCACGGGGUGCGUGUACCCCAGGUUUUCCUAGGUGGAGCCCUCGAGAAGUGUCAGCCCUCCACACGUUAUGUAACUGUUUCUCCAAACUUGCCCACCCCGCUGUGCCAGGCUCAAGAUCACCAUGUGGUGAGGUGAUUCCCCUUUUCCAGUGCCGGUGCCCUGGUGUUUUAGAUCAUAGCCGUGAAAGGGUUACUAAAGUCCUGUUGUCUCAAAAGCCUCACCCAAGAGCAGUCCAGGCAUGUGGGUCCGACCCUCACGUCCCUGUGUCUCUCUUAAGCCACCCGAGAGCCAAAUGAUGUGGUAAUUCAGGCAUUUUCUGAAAAUCACAGAAAAGCCAGCCAGGAUCUCUUGGAAUCCGGUAGAUCACUAACGAAGGUGCCGCCCACACGGUGAGGCAGGGUGUUCUCCACCGUGGAUCACCGUUCCGAGGGACUGGAGUCCACCUGCUGCACGAGGGAGUUCGAGCGGUGAAAUUUCCAUCAGCCUUACUAGAUCAGGCUGAGGUGAUCCUAUCCAGAGGAACGCAAUGCCCACCAUCCCCUUUGCUGUCACUGACAAGGAGCUGGAGCUAUCAGAAAAGCCUCUCAACUCCCUCAACGUAGACCCUGACCAGGACCAUUCAGUGAGAGGACUCCGCCAGGCUAGGGAGCAUGAUGUCCAUCCCCAUUCCCUUCCGAUGGACGUUCUGCUUCCCACCGCCUGGACCUGCUUUCAUCUGUCACCUUGUAAAAGAAAAGCUCAGAAGACACCCCUGAACAUCCCCUCCACAGGGCUCCCUCCGCCCACGGCACACACAGAUGGAAAGGGGGUGUGUUGGGGGAGUGGCCAGCUCCCAGAGAAGCCUUCAGAGGGACUCACUUGGGGGAACUUCAUCCCAGAGCUCCCCAUAAGGUGAUUAGCAUCUGAGACCAUUGCCUUGUGAACCCUGCAAGGCAGCCUUUACACGCCGGGGACCUUUCAAAAGCUGAAUUCACUCUUGGUAGUUACAUAAGCAUUGGUUCUGGCUUAGGGACAUUUCAUGGGUUCUAGGUAACCUCGGGCUGACUGAUUAAAGACUUUGCUCAUGUCACUCUUGAUGAACAUAGCACACUGCUGAGGUGUUCUGCUGGGCAUUGCUCUGCUCUUUUCUCUACAUCACUGAGAAAAUAACUUAUUUGCUUGUUGCAGGGCACAGACAAAAACCCAAAGCAGUCCUGGGAAAGGGAAGCAUGAAGGUGCAGGCUUAAGGAAAAAUAAAUAAAUAACAGUUACGUGGGUAGGGGAGUUGAGGUGGGAAACAAAGGGCUUGAGGAAGUGCUCUUCCGUACUUGAAAUGCUCCGGGCCGUGGAUCUGGCCCCAGAGCAUUAAGUAAUACAUGACACGUGACCCCGACUUUGUGAAAUCUUGUGUCUGCUUCCUUCAGCAGCCAUUGUGGGGAGCCAUGCCCACCAUUCCCACCAGGAGGCUACAUUUGUGGCACGGCAGACUGUCAAGGAACUGAAAUUAAAAACACACUAAAACCUAACCAUGCUCACCUGACACCUGCAAAACUGACCAAUCACCCAUGAUGCCAGUGCACAUGUCUUAACUAGCCAUCCAAACAGUGUUUAGACAUAAGGUGUGCCCAAGCCCUCACCCUAAAGGUCAGAAACAAGUGACUUGACACCAGAGAACCUGAGGCCCACCUUUACAGCCUGCAGGUUCUGUGUGUUAAUAGUAAAUAAAACCAAAAGCCUUCCUAUAAACUCCUUCUAGAGGUCUGUGGGGCAGAUUGUCCUGCUAUUUUUCAGUAGAAAAAUACUCGGGGGGUACAGGGGUUGGUCUUGCUUCUCUCCUGGUACCUGGUCUCACAGGAUUCAGGACCACAUUUUGAAACCCUUUAACCCUUUAUCCCCCAGCUCCAUCUUGUAGAUGGUGUUAGAAUGAAGCUUUAGUGUACUGGAUGCUGCUGACGCCAGUCUGGGUAGAUACUGUUUUACUGUUGUUGGUUGUGGUGGCGGUGAGUGUGUGUGUGUGCACAUUUGUGCAUUACUGAGUAUGCAGGGAGAGAGGCCCGACGUUGCUCUCCACCUUACUUUUUGGGAGAGAGUCUCUCACUGAAACUGAAGCUGCCUGUUUCGGCUAGACUGAACGGCCAGCAAGCCCGCAGGAUCAGCCUUUCUCUUGCUGGCAUUACCGGCAAAAUGGCCAUGUGUGGCUUUUACGUAGAUGCAGGCCAUCCCCCACAAAGCCAUUUCCCAGCCAGAUCCUAGGUUUCGAAGAACGGCGAUAGCCCCUUGUAGGGAAGAAAUCAUAAAAGUUAUAAAAUAAAAACGUAGUACAACCAGAGACUGGGCUCGGCUUGCUGGUGUCCGCAGAGGGUGAACA